AUGGCCGCCGCAUGCGACGUUGUUCUCGCUGGAUCUGAAGUGGUCCUCAACCCGGCUUACCGUGCCAUUGGUCUGCACGGCUCCGAAUACCACUCCCUGUCAUACACCGGAAGAUGUGGCCCGGCUGGAGCCACCAAGCUCUUGCGUGGCAUGGCACCCCUUUCGACGGCCGAUGCUCGCACGAUGGGCUUGGUCGACCAUACGAUUCCGGGCUCCGGCGCCCUUCUCGACACUCGCAUGCGCAACCUCGUCAAGUCGAUGCUCUCCUCUGAAAAGAAGCUAGCGGGAGCCUGGAAGAGCAACGUCGACGUCACGCCGGCCGGUCUGGCCCGCGCGCGUGCCGAGGAGCUGGGAGAGAUGUCCAAGGACUUCUGGAGUGCGAGGUCGCAACGAUACCACCUCCGCCGCCGAGACUUUGUUCGCAAGAUCAAGGCUGUCAAGACACCGCUGCGGUUUGCGACCCACCGCCGAGGCGCCGGGGAGCUUGACGAAGAGGAGUCGGAUGAGUUUGAUGACGUCUCCAGCUUCGAGCGCAAGGCACGGGCAAGUUUGAUGGCCGAACAGCUGAAGGGCUAUGUGGAGAGCAUGACGUUGACCUCGUCUUCUCAACGGGUCGACAGCGGUCACAGUCCCACUUCACAUCAUUCUAGAGCGGCGAGCGAGAGCGUGGGCAAGCGGGACUUGAGGCCCGUCUUCUCAUGUUACUACGACGUUACGGCGUCGUGA